UCUUUGUUAAACGAACGGGGGAGACAACUCAUCACGCAUAUCCGCCAGCCAUCGGUUUGAGAUUGUUUGGCAACCAGCAAAUCGGGACACGAUGGCAGAGCAGCAGGUUACCGAAAGUACGGCCACGACGACCCGACUGCCGAGGGUGACGAUACAGUUUUGUACGCAGUGCAAGUGGAUGUUGAGGGCUGCUUAUUUCGCCCAAGAGCUCCUAUCAACCUUCUCAACCUCCCUAGGCGAAGUUGCCCUCCAGCCGUCAACCGGAGGUGUAUUCAUCGUCGAGAUCACCACCUCUUCUCCCGCUACUACUACUGAAGCCGGGAGUAGCGAUCAAGUCAAGCUUCUGACGAAAAUCCUCUGGGACAGGAAGACCGACGGUGGAUUCCCCGAAACAAAAGAGCUCAAGAGACGCGUGAGGGACGUUAUCGAUCCCGGGAGGGGGUUGGGGCACGUGGACAGGGAUUAUUCCAAGCCCAAAUCUGGUGAGGGAGAGGACAAGGGAGAGGAGGGGGUAGAGAAGGGGAAAGAAGAAAAGAAAGUCGAGGAGGAGGGAAAGGUGUGCACCAUUGAGGGGAAGGAGAAUUGUGAGGAUUGUCAGUAGGUGGUGGUAGUUAUCAGUUAUUCUUGGAAUAUAGUCCCUCAAAUGAACACUAGUCAACAAUCGUCUAGUAAAAAGAGGCUGGGCCGUAGCAUGUCUACAACAUUGAAGGAAGUGGC